CUCGGCGCUGCGCCCGGGCGCACACGCGCGCGCUGACCGCGGGCGGCUCUUGGCCACGCAGAGCCGCCCCUCUCCUGCCCUCGCGCAACUGUCAGGCGAAGCGGGCCGCCGCAUAUUGGCUCGGCGACACGCCGAGGCUCCUCCCCGAGCUGGAUCUUUAUAUUUUGGGAGCAUUUCUUUGAACUCAGUUCGCAAGCUCGGGGAAGGAGGCAAGUUCCCGCAGCCGGCUCGCCGGCCCGGCGAGGCGAGGGCUCGCCCAGCGUCCCCGCCGCUGCCCCGCGUCCCCAGCGCGUUCCUCUUGACCCUCGGGAGGAGAACGGACUGACUUGGCCCAGGAAAAUGCCGACGAUGUGGAUGUGACCGUGGAAAGCGAACGUGCGGCUGGCGGAGGCAGAAGAGGACGAGAGGCAUUAUUGGAGGCGAAGAAUAACCAGCCACUCCGACCCCUUCUGCAAACUGGUGCUAUUACUUCUGGGGUCCAUUUGCUUUUAUUCUCCCCAGUCCCCAAUUAAGAAAUCUUGACUCGAGGGCCAAGAGACAGCCCCCCACCACCGGGGCAAGCUUCUGGGUUGGCAGACCUUGUGGAUGUAGCGUUGUUGGAACAUUUAAAUCCUCUCCUCCGGAAAAGCCACCAUGAAUUCGUUAGCUGGGAAUAAAGACAGGCUUGCGGUCUCCACCAGGGGCAAGAAAUACGGGGUGAACGAGGUGUGCUCGCCCACCAAGCCCGCCGCGCCCUUCUCGCCCGAGAGCUGGUACCGCAAGGCGUACGAGGAGUCGCGCGCGGGAAGCCGGCCCACCCCCGAGGGCGCGGGCUCCGCGCUCGGCUCGUCGGGGACCCCGUCCCCCGGCUCGGGCACCUCGUCCCCCAGCUCCUUCACCGGCUCCCCGGGCCCCGCCUCCCCGGGCAUCGGCACCAGCUCGCCGGGCUCCCUGGGCGGCUCGCCAGGCUUCGGCACCGGCUCCCCGGGCUCGGGCAGCGGCGGCGGCUCCUCCCCCGGCUCGGACCGCGGCGUCUGGUGCGAGAACUGCAACGCCCGCCUGGUGGAGCUCAAGAGGCAGGCGCUCAAGCUGCUGCUCCCCGGGCCCUUCCCGGCCAAGGUGAGCGCGCGGGCGGGCGCGGGUCCCCUCCCGGGCGGGGGAGCCGGCUCGCCAAUCCUGCAGGCACGCGCCCCCAGGUGGCCUUCCUGGGGGACACGGGCUGCCCGCGGGAUCUUUCCACACGCACCGCGAGCGCAGCCGGCGUGCUCUGCAGAAGGGGCGGCAGGGCAAGCUGGUGCUGGGGAGUUGGCGGUCCCCUAG